AUGAGGUUCUCACAUUUUUUAAAAUAUAAUGCUGUGCCAGAAUGGCAGAAUCAUUAUAUGGAUUAUAAUGAAUUGAAAAAUUUAAUUUAUACAUUGCAAACCGAUGAAUUGAAGUUAUCGGAUACUGGCAAUGCUGUCGAAGAAGAAGAGGUAUCAGGAUCUAAGGAUUUUUUUUCAAAGAAGAUCAGGAAUAAAUUUCUGUCAGGGUCAUCAAAUAAAAAUAAGAAUUCAAAGACUAAAAAUGAUGAUCUAGCAAAUGAAGAAACAAUUGAAUUAGAAGACUUGAAUACAAGUACCAAUGUCACUACUACAAAUAAUAAUAAUAAUAAUGAAAAUAAUCAUGGCAAUUCCCGCUCUAAUUCUAAUAAUAAAAAGACUUCGAAUUUCAAGAAAGUUUUCAAGGACAAACUGUUCGACAAUUCUCGUCGUUCUUCUGCUUCAAGUGAGGGCAGAACUUUGUUCAAUACCUAUGAGGCAUUUGUUGCUAAUUUGACACAAGAAAAAUUAAAAGUUGACGAUUUUUACAAAAGAUUGGAAUCAAGGUUUUUUGAAAAGUUUGAUACUUUAAUCAAGGAUUUAGAAAAAGAAGGUAUUAUAUUGACUCACCAAAGAUCCUUCGAGAGUGCUACUGAUGAUUUGUCAAUCAAUAACAUUAACAAUCAAAAACAAUUAUCUGUUAUUCGUACUAAUGAACUGGAAUCAAGGAACGAUUUUUAUUCGGAAGAUGAUAUUGAUGAAGAUAUAGACGAUGAGGAAUUUGAACCUCAAGAUAAUACUGCUUUAUUAAAUUACUCUCAGUUUAAUAUCAAAUCUCAAAAAAAGUCUUUGUUAAAACAAUCAAUUAUAAAUUUAUACAUAGAUUUAUGCCAAUUAAAGUCUUUUAUUGAAUUGAAUAAAAUUGGUUUCACCAAGAUAACUAAAAAAGCCGAUAAAGUUUUACAUUUGAAUACAAGAAACGAAUUGAUUGAAAGUGAAGAAUUCUUCAAGGAUACUUAUAUUUUCCAAAAUGAAAUUCUAGCUCUUUUGAAUACGAAGAUUUCUCAAUUAGUGGAAUCUUAUGCAAUUAUAACAAAUAAUAACGCAAGUAUAGAAACUUCCAAAUUAGAAUUGAAACAAUUCCUACACGAUCAUAUCGUUUGGGAAAGAAGUAAUUCAUGGAAAGAUAUGCUAGGUUUAUCCUCAUAUACAAAUCAAGAUGAAGAUAACGGUAAAAAUCAAGAGAAGAAUUCAAAAUUAUUGUUAGAGUUUUAUGAAUUCCCAUUACCAAUAAAGAUUGAUAUUAAAAGACCAAAAAUUCAAAUUAAUAAUUUAUUAGUCCCAAAAUUAUUCUUCACUAGAAAGGCAUUUAAAAUUGCAUUUAUUUUUGUCGUCACAGCUAUUCUUUUAGGUAUUAAAACUUUCAACGAUCCUGCCCAACAUCGUUGUAUGGCUUUAGUCGAAUGUGUUGCUUUCUUAUGGGCCAGUGAAGCUUUGCCAUUAUUCGUUACUGCUCUAUUGGUCCCAUUGUUGACUGUCUUAUUUAAAGUUUUGAAAAACAGUGAUGGUUCAAUUAUGGAUGCAGCUACGGCUUCCUCAACAAUUUUUGCAUCUAUGUGGUCUUCUACUAUUAUGAUUUUAUUAGCUGGUUUCACUUUAAGUGAAGGUUUAUCCCAAUAUGAUAUUGCUAAAGUUCUGGCAUCUUGGCUAUUAUCAUUUGCUGGUAUCAAACCACGUAACGUUCUAUUGAUGGCCAUGGGUGUUGUUUUCUUUUUAUCUAUGUGGAUUUCAAAUGUCGCUGCUCCUGUGUUAACUUAUUCUUUAAUGAAACCAUUGUUAGACCAAUUAGAUGCAAACAAUCCAUUUGGUAAAGCAUUGGUGUUAGGUGUUGCCUUAUCAGCAAAUAUUGCAGGUUUUUCUUCACCAAUUUCAUCACCACAAAAUAUUAUCUCUAUGCAAUACUUGAAAGAGUAUGGUAUUGGAUGGGGUCAGUUUUUUGCAGUAGCUUUACCAGCAGGUAUUUUGUCUUUGUUCUUAGUCUGGGGUUUAAUGUGUUUAACAUUUAAGAUCAAUACGACUAAGAUCGAAAGAUUUGUUCCAAUCAAGACUAGAUUUACUUUGAAACAAUAUUAUGUUAUCUUUGUCACUUUAGGUACUAUUAUCUUAUGGUGUGUUGAAGCACAGAUUGAAGGUGCAUUCGGUUCUUCUGGUCAAAUUGCCGUUUUGCCAAUGGCUUUGUUAUUUGGUACUGGUUUGUUAUCUACAGGUACUUUAAACACAUUCCCAUGGUCAAUUGUUGUUUUGGCGAUGGGUGGUAUUGCAUUGGGUAAAGCAGUCUCUUCAUCUGGGUUGUUAGCCACUAUUGCUGGUGCACUACAAAGAAGAAUUGAACAUGAUAGUGCGAUGGCUGUUUUAUGUAUUUUUGGUGUUUUAAUGUUGGUUGUAGGUACCUUUGUUUCCCACACUGUCUCUGCUAUUAUUAUUAUCCCAUUAGUUCAACAAAUUGGUGAAAAGUUAAGUGGUGCAAAAUCAGCCCCAAUUUUGGUUUUUGGUUGUACUUUAUUGGCUUCUGCAGGUAUGGGUCUAGCUUCAUCUGGUUUCCCAAACAUCACAGCCAUCUCGACAUUAGAUCGUUAUGGUAAUCCGUAUCUGGAUAUGAUGACAUUCAUCUCAAGAGGUGUCCCUGCAUCCUUGAUUGUAUUUGUAUGUGUCAUUACCUUGGGUUACGGUAUUAUGGCUUCCGUAUUGAGCCCAUACUCUGGAUCUUAA